UUUGGAAGUUUAGAGGGACGUAAAGAAGUUACCUCGAGCUUUGAAAUUUGGCAUAGUAAUAAUAGUUCAAGAUUGAAAAACGGACAGUGGUUUUCUGUGGAACCUACGCAUGGAAUUGAUCAAAGCCGCUGUCACUGAAGUAAACUCACACCUGAAGAUAAACUCUUGAGAGGGAAUGUGCGCAGCACUUGUCCUGGACCUGAAGACUUGAGUGGCUGCUAAAGGGAAAACGCAGAGGCCGGCGAGCCGUGAGGUUUGGACGAUGGGCGAGCUUGAUGAUCAGUCCGGACAGCUCUUCGAGACUUUUAUCCAGGCGUCCACGUGCAAAGGCACCCUCCAGGCCUUCAAUAUACUAUGUCGCCAGUUGGACCUGGACCCGUCCCACUACAGUGCCUUCUACCGCAACCUCAAGAGCGCGGUCACCUCGUGGAAGGCAGAGCCGCUGUGGAACAAGCUGGACAAGAGAGCCAGCCACAAGGAGUACAAGAAAGGCAGUGCCUGCCCAGACACUAGGUGUCUGAUUAUUGGGGGCGGCCCCUGUGGCCUUCGCACAGCCAUCGAGUUGGCCCUUCUGGGAGCCAAAGUGGUCCUGAUCGAGAAGAGGGACACCUUCUCCAGGAACAACGUGCUGCACCUCUGGCCCUACACCAUCUACGACCUCAAGGAACUCGGUGCUAAGAAGUUCUACGGCAAGUUCUGCGCUGGAGCCAUAGACCACAUCAGUAUUCGCCAGCUCCAACUCAUGCUGAUGAAGAUUGCCCUCAUUGUCGGUGUGGAGGUGCACGUCAAAGUCGAGUUUGUGAAGCUCCUGGAGCCAUCCGAGGAUCAGGGCAGUGAUGGGCAUGGAUGGAGGGCAGAGGUCCGACCAGCCGACCACCCACUGGCCAGCUAUGACUUUGACGUGGUGAUCGGGGCAGAUGGCCGCAGGAACACACUUGAUGGCUUUCGAAGGAAGGAGUUCCGCGGGAAACUGGCCAUCGCGAUCACUGCCAACUUUGUCAACCGCCACACCACGGCCGAAGCUAAGGUGGAGGAGAUCAGUGGCGUGGCCUUCAUCUUUAAUCAGAAGUUCUUUCUGGACCUCAGGGAAGAAACCGGUAUUGAUCUGGAGAACAUUGUGUACUACAAGGACGACACUCACUACUUUGUGAUGACUGCAAAGAAACAGAGUCUUCUGGAUAAGGGGGUCAUUAUACAUGACUACAUUGAGACGGAGAAGCUGCUGAGCAGCGACAACGUCAACCAGGAGGCCCUGCUGUCCUACGCCCGCGAGGCCGCCGACUUUGGCACCAACUACCAGCUGCCCUCUCUGGACUACGCCAUCAACCACUACGGCCAGCCGGACGUGGCCAUGUUCGACUUCACCUGCAUGUACGCGUCGGAGAAUGCGGCGCUCAUCCGGGAGAAGGCCGGACAUCAACUACUCGUCGCCCUUGUAGGGGACAGUCUACUAGAGCCCUUCUGGCCCAUGGGGACCGGCUGCGCUCGCGGGUUCCUGGCUGCCUUUGACACGGCCUGGAUGGUGCAAGGCUGGGCACAGGGCAAGUCCCCGCUGGACAUGCUCUCUGAGAGGGAAAGCCUCUACAGACUGCUCCCACAAACGACUCCAGAGAACAUCUCCAAGAAUUUCGAACAGUACACGAUAGACCCAGCGACACGGUACCCCAACCUCAACUCCAGCUGUGUGCGGCCGCAUCAGGUAAAGCACCUGUACAUUAAUGGCGAGCAGGACUCAGGCCUGCUGGAGCGGGGUGCCGCUGUCCGCAGAUCUAUGAAACGUAGAGAAUCCGAGAUCAGGCCCAGCCGGCUGCUGUCCUGGUGCCAGAAACAGACUCAAGGCUACCGCGCUGUGGAGGUCACCGACCUCAGCUCCUCCUGGAAGAGUGGCUUGGCCCUGUGUGCCCUCAUCCACCACUUCAGACCGGAGCUCAUUGACUUUGACUCCCUUAAUGAGGCGGAUUCGGAGGCCAACAACCAGCUGGCGUUCGACGUGGCCGAGCGGGAGUUGGGUAUCCAGCCCGUGACCACGGGCAAGGAGAUGGCCGCCGUGCAGGGCCCCGACAAGCUCAUCAUGGUGCUCUACCUCUCCAAGUUCUACGAGAAGUUCUACUGUGCCUCCAUGAAACCCUCCGGUGCUGCCAGAGAAAAGGAUGAAAACAAUGAGCACUAUUCAUCCAAGUCGAACAACCUAAUGAACCUCACACAGCCACGAAAGAGGAUUCCAAAGGACAAGAAGAAGCUGGAGGACAACGACUCCCAGAAUGCUAAACGGAGACGGAACUGCAACUACUUGGACGAGCUGUUAACCAGUCAGGCGAACCCCUCCGCCGAGGGCUCCGUUCGCUCCAUGGCGCACCUGCGGGCCAAGUUCGAGGAGAACGCCUCCGGUGGGCUUCCGCGCAAACAGUCGGAGUCUGAUUCGGACUCUGAUUCCGCCGAGCCCCCGCCGCCCCGGCCUACCACAUUGGACUGGACCGAGAACCCCCGAUUUGCCAAGCCCAAGGACCAACCCCCUCCUCCUCCCUCGCCUCCCAAGCCCAAGUGGCAGCCGUCUAUCUACUUGAGGCUCCUGUCGGCGGGCUCCUCGCCCCAGAGUCCCAAAGCCAGCCCAAGCUCCUCACAUCCCCGUAGCCCCAGUCCCAGCCCCAGUCCUGGCUCCGUCUCGAGCCCCGCGUGUGGCUCUGAUCCUCAGGCUCAGUACAUACACUCCAUCAUUCCCCUCGGAGUUCCACAGGUAGUCCCCCGAGCGGAGGGCUCGGGGGUGGCGGCCUACUCUGACCGGCUCGCCUCCUCCUCCUCCUCGUCCUCCUCUUCCUCGUCUCUGUCCUCCUCCUCCUGCUCCCUCAGCACCCCAGCUCUGUCUGACAUGCACCAGCGGCAGCAGCACCUGAAGGACGAAAUUGAACAGAGAAAAGCAAAGACCGUAAGCGCCAGGGAGUUCACUAGAAAGAGCAUAAAGGAAAGGGCUCAGCACCUGUUCUCCAUGUUUCCCGGUGAAGUGGCUCGGGUCAAGGUCUUUACGCCUACCUAUUCUCCCACUCCUGCCUCCAACCCUUCUCCUGAGGCCCCCUCCGCCAACUCUCUCCACGUCUCCUCCGCCCUCUCCUGCCUCCCUCUCGCCCCAGCCGCACCUGAGCCCUCGAAGCAGGUCUUUACGCCUUCCUAUUCUUCCACCCCUGCCUCCACCCCUUCUUCUCCUGAGACCCCCUCCACCAACUCUCUCCACAUCUCCUCCACCCUGUCCUAUCUCCCUCUCUCCCCAGCCGCACCUGAGCCCUCGAAGCAGUGCAAUGGAAGUGCCUUAUUAUGUGAGCGUGGUCUUAGUCAGAUCCAUUUAUCUGAAAACGAUCACACAGAAACCUCCUGUUCUCUCACACAGAGGACAGUGGGGAAGGUCUCCUCUGUGAUAGGCGCUAAGGCUGAGACUCUGGCCAUCCUCUAUGAGACUGACCAUAGGCCCAAAGCUGCCAGCCCAGCACUCUCACCGGUGUGGCUCCAAGGGAGGCGCCCAAAGUCAACAGGGGGUACGACGCGGAAGGACUUCCCGAUGGGCGUGGGCGGGAGCGACGUGUGCCACUCGUGCAAGAAGCGGGUGUACGUGAUGGAGCGCCUAAGUGCCGAAGGCUACUUCUUCCACCGCGAGUGCUUCCGCUGCGAAGACUGCCUCUGCACAUUGCGACUGGGAGGCCAUGCCUUCAACACCGGUCACGGCAAGUUCUACUGCAAGUUGCACUACUCUCAGUAUUUGGCCAACAUCAAGAACCGAGGACGAGUGUCGGAGGGGACCGGAACAUCUUCGCUUAACGGCGGCGUGCUGUGCUUGUCCACAGACGACCUGCAGAGCCAGCCUUCAGGAGUCCCACAGCAGCAGCAUACAAAUUGUGAUGGCCCAAGCAAAGGAGCUCAGACGGCCUGGCUGGACCCCACCAUGGUGGCUGAGCUACCAGAGGAGCCUCAGCUAGAAACGGACCAGCCUGGGUCCAAUAUGGAGUGUCAGGCGUCAGAACCAUUUUCACUUCAGUCCUCUGAUUCUGGAUCUACCAGCUGCAACUCGCUGUCAGAAGAGGUCAAGGGCCACCGUGCUGCUUCUAAGGGUGCCAAUAAGAACAACUACUGGAGGAGAAAAAUUCGGGCCACGCUGCCUCUGAUCCUGGUGAAGACGUUCGCCCGCGGAAGAGCUGCCGACAAGCAGGAGGGCCCCGCAGAGGACGGAGAGUCCGACUUUGAAGAGAUUCACGACGAGCCUGAAAAGCAGGCCUCCUCAUCUACAUCUGAAAAACAUGCUGGCUCUCUGUCCACCGAGGGGAAGUGCCCAGCACAGUCUGAAGUGCCCACUCUCACUGACAACAGCCAGGGCCUUCCAGAGAGGCCUGACCCCAGCCUCACCACCUCCACUACUUCCUCCUCCACCACCUCCUCCUCCUCCUUCUCAGCCUCCUCAUCCCAGCUGCAGCCUGGGCAGCAGGAGGAGCAGCCGCAGCAGCAGCAGCAGCAGCAGCAGCAGGAGCAGCAGGAGCAGCAGGAGCAGCAGGAGCAGCAGCAGCUCGACUCCUCAAUCAGUCCCAAGAAGAGGCUCCUCCUUUCGUUGAGUGAGAAGGAGAAGCUGCUCAACUGGGACGUGGACCCCUCAGAAGACUCCUCCAAGCCUCCGGACGUCAGGAAGGGUCCUCGUGGGCCCCGAGCACCGCCAACCGAUGUAAAACCCGAGUCCGCCCCGAAAACGACGCCGGCGCCAGAACCCACACCUGCGCCGCCACCGCCGCCUCAGUCCACCUUCCAAAUAUGGGCCAGUGCCCUCCGGAAGAGCAUCUCCGGAGGGUCCGGCCAGAAGGAGGCGUCCAGCGGCACUAACGUGGUGCGAAGGACCAACCGCGUGGCCAAGGCCCGGCCGCUGUCCGAGGGCUCCUUCAGCUCGGCAGGCUCCGUGACGGGGCCUGCGUCCCAGGGCCGGCCGGAGAACGUCUCCGCAGCCACGGAGAACGGCCGCGGCGAGCAGAGGAGGGGCAGCGAGCUGACCAUGCUGCUGCAGCAGGUGGCCCUGAGCUCCAAGCCCGCCGCCACCUCGGGCUCCAAAGACGACAUGGCCUUCCUGCCGCGCCGCAAGCUCAACUUCUUCUCCUCGCUCCGGGUACGCAACAGAGACGAGGUGGACAGAGGGAAAGGCGGCAGAGAGGGGCAAGUGGACAACAAGGAUAAGGACAUCUGGACCAUCCUCUCCAAAUUCAGGAACAAAGCUAAUAGCCAGCCACAUGAUGAGGAAGAGGAGUAUGAGGAGGAAGAGGAAGCCAGCUCUUCUGAUGGAGAGGAUCGGAUGCCUGACAAGCCACGGCGCAAGGGGAGUCUGAGCGAGCGGCAGAGGAGGAAGCAGGAGAGGAUCGUCCAGCAGCAGGCCAGAGGAGAGCAGCUGAAGAGACUCCACAGAGCACAGACGAUCCAGAGGCAACUGGAGGAGGUGGAGGAGAAACAGCGAGCUCUAGAGGAGGAGGGGGUGGCUCUGGAGAAGGUGCUGAGGGGGGAGACAGAUGGGGAUUCAUCGGACGAGCUUGACCUCCUGCAGACCUGGUUUAAAUUGGUCCUGGAAAAGAACAAGCUGCAGCGCUAUGAAUCUGAGCUCGUGAUCUUUGCUCAAGAACUGGAGCUCGAGGACACGCAGAGUCAACUUCAGCAGGACCUGCGGAAAAGAAUGGCAGUUGAUGACUCCUUGAAGAGUGCUUCAGCCCUGAGUGAGGAGCAGGAGAUGCUGGUCCACAUCAUGCAGGUGGUGGAGAAACGCGAUCAGCUGGUGAGUCUCCUGGAGGAGCAGCGACUGAAGGAGCGGGCCGAGGAUCAGGACCUGGAGAGCAUGGUGCUGUCCAAAGGCUACCGGUUCCACUGGACCUAAGGGCCAGCAGCAUUCAGCCUCCAUUCCUUGCGGAACUGAUCAACGGCUAGAGCAAUAGACUCUAGAGCAAUAGAGAGUGGAAGUGAUGUAAACCUUCUGCAUUUUUAGCAUUAUGAAUUAAGUUUUACCGUUUUAAGACUUUUAAAAUUCAUCCCCCAUUGCUGCGAGGUCUACUGAAAUUGACACUUGGAUAUGUGAGUCGAAACAGAUUUUUGUUGUUGUUUUGUUUGUUCAUUUGUUUAUAUGUUUGGUUGGUUUGUCUUCCUGAGGUGCCAGUGCUCUGGUUUCUCAUUAAAAUCAUAACUACUGGUAAAUUAAUCUACACACUUGCCGUUCAUGAAACUUAAGAGUCAUGCUGAAAUGACGCUUUUCCUUUAACGUGUGCAAUAUUGUCCAUUUUAAUGGAUUCACUCAGUCUGGAAGACUAGAUUGUGUUCCCUCUCCAAGCACCAACUCCAUAGGUAAAUAAUUAUUUAAAACCACCUUUUCACUUUGUAUGUGUGUGUGUGUGUGUGUCUUUUCAGAUGUGUGUUCAGCACGAGUUCUUGGGGUGUUUGUCUUUAACAUUACGAUCUCUCUUGAAUUUCCUAUUUGAAAGAUGAUGUAUUGUUUUCCUAAUUAACGCUAAGAUAUGAGACCAUAGUCGUAUAUUAUCUAAUUGCAGGUCUUGCACAAGAUUGUCUGUAAUGGAAAUGCUAUUAUAAUGCUGUUUUUUGUUAAUGUUUUCAACGGCAAUACCAAAUCCACUAUCUUUGUGAGAAAUUGUUGGCUAGCUGUAUUUAUUUCCUCAUGUCUGAAACACUGCCAAAUGUUAAUGUGUUUUGUGUUAAUUUAGGAUGUUUGAUCUAUUUUAAUUAAUUUAAUUAAGAAAUGUUCACUACAUUGUGUUUAUCUAUACUCACGUAAUUUAUUAAAUAAAAACCUGUUUAAAACUC